CACAACAAUAUUGGACUUUUUAUCGACGCAUGCGUCCAUUUUGUGAUGAAACCCAAUUUUUGCAUAUAAACUGGCUGUUUGCGGAAAAGGGCAGAACAAGAAAAUCUUGAAAGUGAUCAUCGCCAGAUCUUGUCGAUAUCACGAACAUACAUCUUAUUCUCUUCUGCAAAAUGGGAGGACCAUAUCGACCCAAAGAGGCCCUCGUUGGAGGAGUACCAACAGUCAAAGUCGAUAUACCGAUAUGUGCAGUCUUCCUUGCCCUCUUCGUGGGAGGCGCCGUCUCCCAUAUGGGCCUAUUUCGACACAACAUGAUGAGGAAACAUAAGUUCAUUCCAUCCGCUGUGACUUUUGGUUUUUGCAUGUCUCGUAUUUCUGCAAACUCGGUCAGGAUUGCCUGGGCGUGUCAUCCAGAGAACCUUCAGUUGGGGAUCGCGGCCCAGAUCUUCGUCGCGGCCGGUGUUGUCCUCCUGUUUAUCUUGAAUCUGCUCUACUCGCAACGGAUGCUACGCGCAGCGCACCCACAUGUUGGUUGGACACGACCGGUGUCUCUAGCCUUCAAGCUUCUUUAUCUGCUCAUCAUCCUCACCAUCGCAAUGGCCAUCGUCGUGACCGUGCAGAGCUCGUAUAGCUUGAAUAACAACACCCACCGGAUCGACCGAGAUGUCCUGCUAUACGUCUCCACUUUCUUCGCUGUGGUCACUUUCCUACCUCUCCUGAUAGUCCCCACCGUUCUCAUAUGCCCGCGAAGAAACGAGCGCGUCGAGAAAUUCGGGAAAGGCAGCUGGCGAGCCAAAGCCGCCAUCAUCUGUUUGGUGGCCGUUUUGCUCUGUCUAGGCGCUUCAUUCCGCGCAGCCACAGUAUGGGAACCGCCUCGACCAGCUGGUGAUCCGGCCUGGUAUCACAGCAAGGCAGCAUUUUACGUAUUCAACUUCACCCUGGAGAUCAUCGUCGUGUACAUAUACCUCUUCGUCCGCAUGGACCUGCGUUUCCACGUGCCCAACGGCAGCUCCAAGGUGCGACACUACCGUGGCAACUUCCAGGAUUUAGCCACGGAACAACCCGAGAGCAGCCCAACAGACGAGAAACAAGAGGACCGAAAAGAAGGAGAAAAUGUAGAACAAGAGGUGGAGGUCAACCGGGACCUUGAAAGCAGCGGUGUCAGUCUCUCUGAAGUCCCUAUUACCUCGCAAAAGGAACAGCCUGGGAAGACGGUCGAUUCACUCCCCAGCUCACAGGAACCAGAGCAUAGCGCAGAACAAAUCACUGAGAUCCGGGAGUGAUGUUGCUGUUAGUCUCUUUAGUAGUAUUUGACAAAGGUUACAGCGAGGGAGUCUGGUGUUGGGAUUUAUUCACUUAUCAACUUGUUCUUCAACAGGGCAUAUAUACAGUCGCUCUCAUAAUAAUAAGUAAUAAUUCAUGUACUGCAUUCAAUCAAUCAAUCAAUAUUAUCCAUCUUCAACUUACUCCAGUCCAAACAAUAUGACUUCAACCCUAUGUAAACAUGCGGUUAUAUCAUACCA